UUUAAAAGAGCUAAGUUCUUGGCAGGCGCGCCAUUUUGCUAUACCACACCGGGUUCACAAUGGCUGAUCAAAUUCCUACAUUUAAACUUGUUUUGGUUGGAGAUGGUGGUGUUGGAAAGACAACAUUCGUCAAACGACACGUAACAGGAGAAUUUGAGAAGAAGUACGUCGCUACACUCGGCGUGGAGGUCCAUCCCUUGAAAUUCCACACAACUCGUGGUGAGAUCAUUUUCAACGUGUGGGAUACUGCCGGACAGGAGAAAUUUGGCGGACUCAGAGAUGGGUAUUACAUUCAAGGACAGUGCGCCAUCAUUAUGUUUGAUGUCACCUCUCGUGUGACAUACAAGAAUGUACCCAACUGGCAUAGAGAUUUGGUCCGCGUGUGUGAAAACAUCCCCAUUGUAUUGUGUGGAAACAAAGUAGAUAUCAAAGAUCGUAAAGUAAAGGCCAAAGCCAUCGUGUUUCAUCGAAAAAAGAACCUGCAGUACUACGACAUAAGCGCAAAGAGCAACUACAACUUCGAGAAACCUUUCCUUUGGUUGGCCAGAAAACUGGUUGGAGAUGCUAAUCUGGAAUUCGUUGCCAUGCCUGCCCUUGCACCACCAGACAUAAAGAUGGACCCAAAUCUUGCUGCGCAGUAUGAACAAGAAUUACAGGCUGCAGUGGAAGUUGCACUCCCAGAUGAUGACGACGAUUUAUAACUUUUUAAAACGGACAAAAUUUCUGCCUUCCCAUGAUAUUUAUUCAAAUUCAUCAAUGGAUACGUGACUUUUUGAUUAUAGAAUAUUUUGUCUUUAAAACACCUGCAUAAUUACUAUACCUCAUGCUUGAACUGCUCAUACUGACAUAGUUAUGAACCAUAGACAAGCCGGGAAAGCAUAUAAUUAUUCUCCAAAAAAGGGAAACAAUUUGCCAGUGUACAUCAUAAGUGGGUUUAUUUUCUUUUAGAGCUCUUAUUUUACAAGAGACGAUGGACACAUUCACAAACAUUCGAAAAAGAGACUUUGAAUAUUGAAAACUUGAUAUUUUAUUUAAAAAAUCAUUUUUUGUUAUACGACAGAUAUGUUUGUAUUUGUGUCAUCUGUAAACAAAUAAAUUGUUAAAAUUAACAAAAAA